AUCGUGUCUUGCUCACUGCGCCAUCACGAUAAAUUCACUCACUAAAGGAACGUCAACGAGAUGAGUCAAUUCAACGACUACUACGGAAACAGUGGUGCUGGAGGUGGAGGUGGAGGUGGUGGAUUCAUGACUGGUGGAUCGCCAUAUGGAAGCGCAAGCGGUAGCCCGGGAGGAGCUAGUCGAAGAACCGAGAUAGCCCACUCCUUACGACCUCUGACUGUACUUCAGCUCCUAAAUGCAACCCAAGCGCAUUCGGACGCGGAGUGGAUGCUGGAUGAUACAGAACUCGGCCAGGUCACCGUCGUCGGCCACGUCGUUUCAAUACAGAGCCAAGCCACCAACAACUUAUACUGGCUCGACGAUGGCACGGGUCGCAUCGAAGCCCGACAUUGGAUUGACUCCUCAAUAGAAGAGAGUGGAACGGGGUCGAGUGCCAUCACUGAGGGAUCAUACGUACGUGUAUCUGGCACGUUGAAAAUGUUUGGCAGCAAGCGAUACGUAAAUGCGACUCAUAUACGGCCAGUCAAGUCGCCUCAUGAGAUAUACUUCCACCUUUUGGAAGCGAUGACGGUCACACUAAUAUGGGCGAAAGGAGCGCCCCCUCGUGCUGGACAAAAUCCAAAAACAAUUCCACAGGCCCAGGCUACCGGACCCCCGGCAGCCGGAGGCUCUGCAUACGCAGUUCAGUCACAUUCCCCGGCUACGAACAACAGCCAAUAUUCCCAUUUGCCGAAGUUGGAAUAUACGAUCAUAACGUUCAUGCUGAACCAACCUUCUAAUGAGGAAGGCGUGCACGUUGGUUCUAUUGCGCGUGCUGUCGGAGGUAAUGCUGUCACAAUCAGUAAUGCUUUAGAUAAACUCAUGGACGACGGCCUCGUCUUUACUACUAUUGACGAUUCGCACUUCAAGGUUGCUGAUUGAUGGACCUACCAUGGUCGUGUACUUCUGACAAUGAAAGUUGCUUGCGAGUACUUAGGUAGUGUUGAAACUGCCGAGACUCUUGUUCGAUUCCUUGAAUCCUGAUUGAUGUAGUCGUUCGUUUUUUUCUUCUGCAAGACAAGUAUCAGUAGUUACCUCAAAAUGGAAGGAUGGUAAACAUUGUUA